GCGUCAGCUCGCCUCGAGGGGAGGGGGGGUUACUGGGAUGUAAAAGUUACCAGGAAAUCGCGUGGCCCGAAAAUGAAUCCGAAAUCAGUCGCCGAGUGGGACUACAAAGCCCAGAAUGCGGGGUGUUUAGACGGCAGUGUUGAGGAAGAAGGCCGUGUUUAAAUGGACAGGAUGUGGCUGUGCAGUGGAGGGAGAGAUUGGAGCAGGUUCUAAGGAAAGACUGGUCGAAACCCUUUUAACCCCGUCUCCUGGACCAUGAGGGUGGAUUAGCGACCAGUUGCGUUCAGAUUUGUCCGAGGGCGUUUUAAAAUUAAACGUUCUUGUUGUGAAGUAGAGGAGCCUGCAGGGUAGCUGAUGGUCAGUGGGACAGAGACUGGAAGCCUGCCCCUGAACUUCAGCAACAUGGGCUUGACGCUCAGGCUGCUGGCAUGCUUCACCUUCAGCUGGCUCUGCUUCCAUCGGGUGCUGGGGAUGACAGAGCAGGAAAAAGGCGCAAUCAGGAACGAAGUUGUUGAAAUGUUUGAGCAUGCAUACAACAACUAUAUGGAACAUGCGUACCCUGCUGAUGAGUUGAUGCCCCUGAGCUGUCGUGGAAGAAUUCGUGGAUUAGAACCAAGUCGUGGUGAUGUUGAUGAUGCCUUAGGAAAGUUUUCACUCACUCUUAUUGAUACAUUAGAUACGCUAGUUGUACUAAACAAACUCGAUGAGUUUGAAGAUGCCGUGCAAAAAGUAAUACUACAUGUCCAACUCGAUAAUGAUGUUGUGGUUUCAGUGUUUGAAACAAACAUCCGUAUAUUGGGUGGGUUGUUAGGAGGUCAUGUGAUGGCAACCAUGUUGAAGAAUCAUGGGUCCAAGUUCCGUUGGUAUAAAGAUGAGCUUCUAUACAUGGCUCGAGACAUAGGGUAUCGACUCCUGCCAGCUUUUAACACUACUAGUGGCCUACCAUAUCCAAGGGUAAAUCUGAAAUAUGGAAUCUUGAGCCCUCUGUCCCGAACAGGCACAGAGUCGGACACUUGUACAGCCUGUGCUGGAACCAUGAUUCUGGAAUUUGCUGCUCUCAGUCGCCUGACAGGUGAAUCUAUUUUUGAGGAAUAUGCCCGGAGAGCAAUGGAUUUUCUAUGGGAGAAAAGACAGAGAGGCAGUGAUCUCGUUGGGACAGUCAUCAACAUUCACAAUGGUGACUGGAUCAGGCGGGACAGUGGAGUGGGUGCUGGAAUAGACUCAUACUACGAAUAUUUGUUGAAGGCCUAUAUCCUGCUGGGAGAUGAUGUAUAUUUGGAGAGAUUUAAUACACACUAUGCAGCCAUAAUGAAGUACAUUAGUCAGCCUCCCCUGCUCCUCGAUGUUCAUAUGCAUAACCCUACUAUUAAUGCCAGAAAAUGGAUGGAUUCACUUCUUGCAUUUUUCCCAGGCUUGCAGGUACUGAAAGGGGACUUGCAACCUGCAAUUGAAACUCAUGAAAUGUUGUACCAGGUUAUACAGAGACACAAAUUUCUACCAGAGGCUUUUACCACUGACUUUGCAGUUCAUUGGGCUCAACAUCCUUUAAGACCAGAAUUUAUUGAAAGUACUUAUUUUCUUUACAAGGCCACCAAAGACCCUUACUAUCUAAAUGUUGGCAAAUCUGUUGUGGAUAGUUUGAACCAGCAUGCACGAGUGCCUUGUGGCUUUGCUGCUGUGCAAGAUGUCCGAACUGGCAAUCAUGAGGACAGGAUGGAUUCAUUCUUUCUGGCUGAGAUGUUCAAAUACCUCUAUUUGCUGUUUGCUGAUGACAGUGAACUGCCCUUCAACAUUGAUGAUUAUAUUUUCACCACUGAGGCUCAUUUACUGCCUCUUGCACUAUCCACAGUUUGUCAUACCUGUAGUAAGAAUAUAACGAGUGUGGAAUUGGAAAGUAAAGUAACUGGUGUCUUUUCCCAUACGUGCCCAAGCGCACAAACAUUGUUUCCUAAUAAUCCAUCCUAUGCACGGAAAAUAAGGGACACCUAUAGAGAUAUCGUUCCAGAUGCUAGUUCACGGAUGUCUGCAGACAGGGAAAAGUGUAUGGAAUCAUCUCAGUCUAAAGUUUUCCCAACACUUCAGACGAAAGAUUUUGUUGCUAGUGGCAUGGAUCAUUUGGAAAUCCUGAAACAAAUGGGAUUCAGUGUAGUCUCAACAAAUGAUGGACGUAUCCAGCUGACACACACACCUGAUCAGGCUACAAGUCCACAAAGUGGUCAGCAUGGCCUAAAAUUUAUAGCAGAAAUCAUUGAACUGGCUCAGGCUCAAGCAAAAGGAGAGAUGACAUCAUUUGCUGUACAGAUUAUAUCUCCCCCAUUCUUGGGACAAGUGGUUUUAGCUGCAGGUCCAGCUCAUUUUGGAAUGGACCUUAGUAAACAGGAACAUGGGGUUAAAGGAACACUGAUGAAAGCCAUUCCAUACACUGCAUGCUUGGAUGUAACUAACUCAGAGCAGGUCCACGGUAAAAUUGUCCUAGCACAACGUGGAGAUUGUAUGUUUGCAAAUAAGGCAAGGAAUUUGCAAAGGGCUGGGGCCAUUGGAGCUAUCAUUAUUGAUAAUGUGGAAGGCAGUAGCAGUGAUGCCUCCCCUGUAUUCCAGAUGGCUGGUGAUGGAGAUAAUGCCAGUGAUAUCACCAUACCCCUUCUUUUCCUCUUCCACAAAGAAGGCUCAAUUCUGCUGGAUGCUCUGAACGAAAACCAAAAUGUGGAUGUGUUGUUAAUCGAUAAGGCCAAGCAGCUAGGACAAGAAAGCAAAUAUGAGGAAAAAACUACAGGAGAAAUCACAAUCCAUAUCCAAAUUGACUCUAUGGAUACACAAGUUGCUCAACUAGAACUUGGCAUUAGCUCUCCAAGCUGCCCAGGGCCAGAGUCAUCAAAACACUCCAGUCCAGAUAAACUUCAAACCCAAAGUUGUGAAAUUGUUGAACAUCCACCUGAUGCAGAAAGGGAAGAGGGUGAAGGCCACUCAUCUGAAGCAUUGGACUGGAAGGAAGAAGUGGAAACUUUUGAAGGAACUGAUGAGGAUGAGUUAUAAAUACUUCUUUCAAAAGUGAAAUUUCUUCUUGUACAACUCGGUUUAAAUCCAGAGGGAUCGUGCAAUCUUAGAUUUCUCAAAUCCAAGCUGCUUAUAUUAAAUCGAGAAUUCCACCGUUUCUUACCAGUUCUCUGGACAGGUCGUAAGUCAGUGAGCUAUGAAUUUGAAUAGGAAAUUGCAUUGCCUUAAUGGAUGUACAUAGGUUUUUAAUUUAUUUCGAGGAUGGCAAAUAGUCCACUUUUUAGGGAAGUUCCUAAGUUGAAAGGCAGAGCUGUAUAUUAGGAACCUGGAAUUUUGGAUGUUCUGCUGUAACAUUGGGACUACUGUGUUUAAUCAAAUAAUACUCACUUCAGCGAGCAUUAUGUAGAUUGGUUAUUCUACCGCAAUCCCAUGAAUUUUAUUCAAAGGAAUCAUCUUUCAUGAUAGAAAAGGAACCAGCUAUUUAAAGGAACUUUCUGUUGUUGCUGCUAUCCAUUUUGUGCACACUGGUCAUUAACAUGAACAUCAAAAUGGUGAGUGGACCACAUUUUUAAGAAUGAUUUCAGUGCAGGUUUGAGAUGCAAAACUAGUUUAUUUAAGCACAGCAAAUUUUGUCAACUGUGCCAGUUGCAUCAAUGAAAACCUUUUUAGAGUCUACCUUCAGUCUCUAAUAUAGCAUUAAACUAAACUAUAUUUUCAGAUGAGCAAUAAAUAUUUAAUGUAAUGGUAUAAAUUCAUAAAUAUUAAAAUUGGUGACCAUGUAGUUUGUAUAUAAAUACUGUUUUCAACACAUUGGAAGGCUUUUAUAUUAAAUGUUCAUCCAGCAACUGCAGGGUUAAACUGUUAAACUAUGGAUUCAUUUAUCAGGGACUUCGAAGAAAAUUUGAUUAUUGAAUGUUAAACUUGUUUCCCCUCCCCUAGUGGAUGCAGAUGAUUGUUUUACUAUGGUAAAGCAAGUACAGUGAUGUUCCAGUACUGAAAUUCAUUAAAAUUGGAUGUUUGGUAUGAUAGAAGAAAUAUUGGAAUGUAAAUGUUGAAUCGGAACCUGAAUACCUAACUUGUUUGAGCUGAUGGAAUGGAUGGAGGUUUUCUUGUGAAUUGUACAACCAGCAAACUCUGUGAACAUCAAUGCAACAUUAAAUGUUGAUAGACACAUUGCAGAAUUUAACAUACAAGGCCAAAAAUGCACAAGCUGUCAAGGAUCUCACUCACGUUUUAACAGGUCAAACCAGUAUUCACCAAGGAAUACCCUACCUCCAAAAGGCUUGUACAAAGCCUGAUCUUAAAUAUCUGUCAAUUGCACACAUAAUUUUGAAAAUGUUAGGAGCAGCUUCAAAAAAAGUUUGAUUUUCCAAAUGCCAGAAGUGAGUUCAGGAGAGGUGGAAGAAGCAUUUACUUAUAGUAAUCAGUGAACGUUUGCUGAUUGGUCAGCAGUUCUUCAUUGCUUGGCAGUGCUUCUGAGGAUGUGGUGACUGAUGUCAGUGAUGUACUCACUUGAGGGCCUAAGUUCAAUGAAGGACCCGAGCAUCUGCUCAGUGAUGACAGGAGGGAUGUUGCAAGUAAGGGGAGGCAACAAGGGCUGGGGGUAGUUCUCAGUGCACUCUCUCUUCCUAUACCAGCUACUUCCAUCAGACAUAGAAUGCCUUUACAUGAAAAGAAGCUCCUCUUCCUGGAAGCUCUCAAGAAACCCCAGUAAGAUUUACUUUUCGGGCUUCCCAUAUAGCAGUGUCUCUAGCACGCCACUGAGUCGUCACCAGCAGGAGGGUGAGACCCUUAACUGGGCCAAUAAUGCCUACACUGGGGGCCUCAAUUGGGUGGCAGGUUGGGUUGGCCAUUCAUACACCUUCCCACCAUUGAUUUUAAUAAGGGCAGAAGCCAGAAGGUAGCAGGGUCCACAAUUGCCAACCUCCUGUCUGAUUAAAUGCUCUAAUUCACCAACCUGCCUCAACACUCCAUCACACCCGAAGAUUUCUUCUUAUGCAUGCUGUGUAUGACAUUUUCUAAUGCAAUUUUCAUUUUAAAUGUGAAUAUGCAAAAUAUAUUUCACACUCAAACCCAACCUCUGAAUAAUUCACAUUUGUAAGUGUUAUAUUCAGUAAUUUGCUUACACCUUUAGAACGAUGUUUACAUUUUUAAGGGGGUGAAUUAAUGCAUUGUUUCUUGUUAGCGGCAUCUUUUCCUGUGUUAAUUCCUGUAUGCCUAGGACAAAGGUGUUGGAGUAGAAAGAGAUAAUUUUGAUUACUGUACAUAUUCUGCUUUUGUGCAAUUUAUUUUUAUUUCUGUAGUCACUUUCCUCAUUGACUAUCGAGGGAAAAAGAAAACCCUGAAGAUGUUAUCAGUCAUUUUAUUGCAUGCAAUUCCAGACAGAUGUCAUAAAGCAGUUGAAAUUAUAAUUUUCAUUUUAAUAUCUUGGGUUUAUUUUAGUCAAUCAGUAAUUUGUUGACUCUUGCUUAUCGUUUAUUUUGUUGUCCAUCAGUUUAAAAUGUUCAUUGUUCAUUCAACUAUAUUCGUCUCUGAUACAAAAAUAUAUUCCCUUAGAAUACCCAGUGCCUGUUCUUCUAAUCUAUCAAAAGUAAAGGGAGAUAGUUUGACACUAUUUAAUUCUUUGAUUAUUGAUACCUGGUGCAGGCCUGUCACUCGUAGCCUACUACUUUAAUCACACUUGAACGAUGUUUGAUGGUGUCUAGUAUAUGAAUUUAAACGGUAAAUAUUAAGCAGUACCAUUUGGGGGUUACAAGUUAAUAUGCACGUCAAGAUUAAUUUAGAUGCAAUGCAUAUGCUCUUAUACAUUGCAAAAUAAAAGUUUGCUAAGGUUUCUAUCCGUUUUACUUGUACAUCUGAAAGUUGAGUAGAAAGAUUUAUGUUGAUAAUCUACUUAGGAUCCCUAAUUUAGGGUCAAAAGUAUUAUUGGGUGGUCCUUAAAAGCAGUAUUAUUUCUGCAUUUGAGUGUUUUCAGUUGAAUUGGAUAGGUUUUUGAUACCCUUGUCAGAAAAUCAUUUUUUGAUACCCUAAUACAGUUGUCAGAAAAUUAAUAACACUAAGGGGGUUUAUUGCUGUCUAUGUAAUUAAGUUGAAAGCAGUAACAAGUGCCAAAAUGAAUUGACUUGUGAAAAUGGUGUUAUUGGUUUUGUUUAUGAUAAAUUCUGGUUAAAUUUAAUUGAUUAAUAUAUUUACUCUUAAAGAAAAUAACUCCUUUUCUUUUUGUAAAGAUCCUUCUAUACCUCAGCUGUCCCAAAACUGAUUCUAGAUAACUCAGUACUUUUUUGAAAUACAGUUCUUGUUGCAAUUUAGGAAACACAAAAGCUACUUCAUGGAUAAGUGUUCUACAAACAGCAGUGCAGAUGUCGUCUUAAUUCGUUCUCCAGAUAUGGCUGUAAUUAUCCAAGCCACCAUUAUUGCUCAUCCCAAGGAGGAGGAGGUGAGCUCCCAUCACCUCCCCUCUCAAAAUGGUAUAGUCUAUCUGUUGGGUGGAGAGUUGUACGGUCUUGACCAAGUGAAAUAAAGGACCAGAUAAUUAUUUUGUUACUUUUUGAGGAAGAAGCACCGUGUUAUUUAAAUAGUGCUAUCGUUCACAUCCACCUCAGAAAACAGGCCAGGUCUAUUUUCCAACUCUAAGGUGAGUGCGUUAUCACUAAGCUUCAGAUAACAUGUAAAGCCUGUAAUUAAUUUAAUGAUAUCUUGGCCAGGUUAGCAAAAGCAGUAAACAUGUAGGUGAGUAGGAAAUAAAUAGGAGUUUGGUCUGACUUACUGAUCGGAAAACUUGAUUUAUAUUACAAUGAUUCAGUAUUUCUGUAAAGUGUAUGAACUGCUUUUUAUAUGUUUGAGCAUAAAUUACUUACUAUGAAAAUGUUUGUUCCAGGUGAAGCAUGACUGUAGUAAAUCUAAGACUCAAGUAGUCAAAAAAUGCCAUUGUUGCACAUUUCCCAGUGCAAUUUCAAAGAUAAGUAAUAUCUGAUAGUUAUAACUGAGUUGAACUCACACUUGGCAUUAGCAAUAUAUUUUAAUGUUUUGAGAAUUAUAUUUUAAAUCACUUUGGUGUAGGAAUGGUGCUGUUUGACAGUAUAAGUAACACUAAGUACCUAUUUUAGCAUCUUUUCCAUUAGCUAAGGGAAUUUGAAUGCUGGGGAAUGUGAAAGGGAUGUUGAGUGCUUUUGUAGUUGAGGAGAUUAACUGUAAAGUCAAAAUGGUUAAUAUUGUUUUAGUGUUACAAAACCAUCAUAUUGUAAAUACAGUUAAGUGGAUGAAAUUCUUCACUUCAGACCUUGCAAUGCAAAUGCUACUUCAAGCAUAAAUUAAAGGAAUGCCAUUCUGAAAUCAUUAAUUCACUUUACUGUGUAGUGAAGAAAUGUAAAAUAGAAAUUGCUUUUGUCUUACAGAAAGUUUGAAAAUUGUUAAAUAUUGUGCUUUCGACCAGUCUCAUUUUGGUGAUCAAUUCAGCACCCUUUCAUCAGUUACAAUUUAAUUUAAAUGACCUAUUGAAACAUUUUUCCGUUUAUUGCAUUUUUUUUUGUACACAACCACCUUCAUUUACUCCUAUUUUGACAAAUCAAUUUAUUGCCUUUCCAUCUCCUGUUGCCAUUUUGUUUUUUUGACUGCCCCUACAUUUCUUCCUGAAAAAUAUUCAAUCUCAAAUUGCGUCUAAGAAUUAUGAGAGUUUAAUUCUCUGGAAUGGAUCUGGAGGUUGCUUUCUGGGUAAAUGUUGUUAUUAAUGCAUGAUCAUUAAAAUAAGUGUACUGUUUUUACAUGCCUUAAUGAACUCAACAAAACUGGAGAUUUUUCACAUACCCCUAAAAAAUUGACAAGAAAAUUAGCUACUAGCUGCUUAAAAAAUUAAGAAAUAACUGAAGUACAGUCGUUAAUUUUAGAAAAUCUGAAUGUGAACAUGGUGAUAAAGUGGUUACUGGGUACAACUGCUGAAAUGUUGAUAAAGCUAAAUAAUGGUGUGAGUUGGCCCUGAAGAAAAAUUUGCCACUGCACCAACUCUUGUCAAUGAGUUCAUCUAGGGAUUGUCUUGAUUCACCAACAAUUAACACAGUUAAGUCGUCAAUGAACAACCACUCAAGAUCCUCCACUCACCAACUCCUCAAUCAUUUGCCUGUCUGGCCAAUGAGAAAAGUAGUUAGUUUCCUGUUAGGGAACCAGGGCAACCUGCCAGGUUGGAGGAGGGAGGUACUAAUAUUGUCCAAUUUUUGGCAAUCAGAGGAUGGAUGGGGAAGUAAGGAAAUGGUCUGUGAAAACCAAUGCUCUUGCUGCUGUCUCCCAGAGUUCCCUUUAAUCCACAAGGAAGAAAAAGAAACUUUUCGCUGUUUGAUCCCCCAAGUAGUAGGCCUCAACUGGCACACUUGUUUUUGGACCAAAAAGCCCUUUGACUGGCUAGCAGUUUAUGGUGACCUGUGUUGCCAACAUCCAGGCCUGUGAUAGGAUGAGGAAUUUGACCUUGCCCAUCUGUCAGCGUAUCACAAGCUGAUUGGUGAGCAAUCAUUUCCUUUUCAGUACAGGUAGUAUGUUAGUUGCCCACUAAGACAUUUGCCCCCACACAUAGAACAUAGAACAUAGAAAAGUACAGCACAGUACAGGCCCUUCAGCCCACGAUGUUGUGCUGUGAAAUAAUCCUAAUCCAAAAAUAAAAUAACCUAAUCUACAAUUCACUGCUGUCCAUGUGCAUGCCCAGCGGUUGCUUAAAUGUCACUAAUGACUCUGCUUCCACGACUUCCACUAGCAAACAAUUCCAUGCGCUCACAACUCUCUGGGUGAAGAACCUCCCUCUUAUGUCUCCCCUAUACCUUCCGCCUAACACCUUAAAACUAUGACCCCUUGUGGCAGUCAAUCCUGCCCUGGGAAAAAGUCUCUGGCUAUCAACUCUAUCCAUAGAGGAAAAGAAAAGGAAAUUUUUUUUCUCUUGGUAUUAUAUCUAAGUUAGUUAGUUACUACUGCAAUUAGUAAUUGUGGUCGAACUGUAAAAAGAAACACAUUUGUUUUUAUGCAGCUCCCAAAAUUUUAAUGUACAUUUUCAGAGUUGAAUCAUAUUUCAAAGUUCUAGUGAGUCUAUGAAUGUUUUAAUCUAUAUACAGUGCCUCGUAAUUUUAAUAUUGAUUUGAGGUAAGUUGAAAAUCAAAAAGUGAGCACAAAUGAUUAACUUUAUAAAUGCUCUGCCUUUACAGUUUAGAUGUUAAAUGAAAUGUAUAAUACUAUAAUAUCCAGUCACUGUACAACUCAAGAUAUUUUAAAUAGAAGGAUUAGAAUGUUCAUUUAACAUAGACAACAAUUAUUGAGAAGCACUUGUCAGUAUUAUAUCAGUUUUGACAUCACUGCUUUCUCAGGACAGAAUUGGUUAAUUACAAAUAAAAGUUUAUAACAUUGUAAAAGAAAAAGUAAUAUUGUUGGUUUACAGUUUUUAAUUGUACCUCAUUUUGGGCCUUUCUACUUUGAAACUGAGAUGCAAAGUUUAAAAAAAAAAUGAAGAGGCAUUAUGGCAAAUUGACCAUCAUGGUCUGAAAUUCAAAUCCAAAUGUUUUUGAGGCUUCUGCAAGAUGCAGUGUUUCAGAAUAAUGUGAAUAUGGAUUUUACAAAAUAAAUCUUGAAUUUAAACAAAAAAAAACAGACAUCUUUUGAACUAUAGGCAAAAUCUAAGAAAUGAAGAAUACAGGAGUUUUGAAAUGUAUCUUUUACAGCAACCAGGCUGGUGCACACAGAAUCCAGUACUGGCUCAGUACUUUAAUAGUUAGGUGUGUUUUAUAAAUCUCGUGCUCUUUAAAUACUGUUAUUAGAAUUGUGCUUAAGAUAGUGUUAAGUUGCCUAUUAAUGAUGGAUGAAUUUAAUGUAUCUACAUUCUAUUUGUAAUUGUGCAGUACAAGCUUGGCUGGCCCAAUACAAGUUUAUCAU